UUUAUGUGAAUGCUGGUCCUCAUAUCGGACACUUAUACAGUGCAGUUCUGGCUGAUGCAAUUGCUCGAUACAAUACAAUGUUGGGCCACAAAACAUUCUUGACCACAGGCACUGAUGAACAUGAAACGGCUAGAGGAAAGAGGACAUAUUUAUCUAGGAAAGUAUUCGGGAUGGUACUGUGUAUCGGACGAAGCGUUCUUAUCUGAUACAGAGUUGGUGGAGCAGAAAGAUCUUACUGGUAAAAUAAUCAAAGUCUCCGCGCAGUCAGGAAAUACAGUGGAAUGGACGGAAGAGGAGAAUUACAAAUUUCGACUUAGCGCAUUUCAAGAUGAUCUCAAGCAUUGGCUCAAAGAUGAACACGUAAUUAGACCAGUAUUGUAUCAUAAAAUAUUAUCAGAGUGGAUUGAAGAAGGUACAUGUUUACAAGAUUUAAGCAUCACUAGAAUCAGGAAUAAGGUUCCAUGGGCCAUGCCUUCUCCAUGCAAUGAGUCUCAUUCAAUAUAUGUGUGGAUGGACGCUUUAAUAAAUUAUUUAACAGCUUUAGGAUAUCCAGAUGAAUCAUUCAAAGAAUUUUGGCCACCUACUAUUCAAAUAAUAGGAAAAGAUAUUUUGAAGUUCCAUGGUGUUUAUUGGCCAGCAUUCUUGAUAGCAGCGGGUCUCGAGCCUCCAAAAACGUUGCUGUGUCAUGCUCAUUGGACUGUUGAUCAUCAGAAAAUGUCGAAAUCAAAAGGAAACGUAAUCUCGCCGUUUAAGGCUGCAACUGAUUAUUCAGAAGAUGGAUUACGAUACUUCAUUCUCAGAGAAGCAGUGCCGCAGAAUGACGCAAAUUACAGUUCAAAAAAGAUUGUCAAUGUAUUAAAUUCCGAACUGGCGGAUACAUUAGGCAAUUUAGUCAAUCGUUGUGCGGGUAAAACGAUCAAUCCGUCUAAAGAGUUCCCUGAUCCAGCAAAAUACUGGAACGUAUUGCAGUCUCAAGCCGCCGACGAAACCAGAAAAGCUUUAGAAUCCGUAGGCAGGAGAGCGCGCGAGAGUUACGAAGAAUACAAUUUGCAUCAUGUCGUAGAUGUGGUUAUGAGUAUGCUUCAUAAUGCGAAUAAAAUGGUAAACUAUCAUGAACCUUGGCAGCUGAGAAAGCAAGUCGACGAUGCAAAUUCGAUUAGGGAACUCAAAGCUGUAAUAUCGAUUGCUUUGGAAAGUAGUAGAAUAGCUGCUUUAAUAUUAUAUCCAAUUACACCAAGAUUGAGCAGCAAUUUGCUCGAUUUUCUGGAUAUCCCGAAAGAGAAUCGCACAUGGACAGAUACAAUGCCUAAAUUUUUCAACAACAGUGGCGGGAAAGAAAGAUAUAUUGAACGUAACAAUGUAAUAUUGUUUAAGAAAAUAAGGAGUCAAUAAAUACUUAUUAUUUGUUUGGAA